GGCUGUGGCUCUGAACAGGCACAGUGAGGUGCUGCAACUAUUUUUCUGGGCUGGGGAGACUUGCAAGCCUGGGGAAAGUUCCAGAACUCCUAUUCUAAGCAGGAGGUGGAGACCUUGGGACAAGUUGUGUCCCUAGUACAAGUCAUGACCCCAGGAAGUUUGUCUGUCUCUGUACCUUAACAGCUAUCCAGUACUGAAGUAAUUUGAUCCUCAAGUCUUUAGUGCCGCCCCCUUCAAUAUCUAGCCAAUUCCCUACAGUAAGGCCUUCUAGAGACAAACCCACCAACAGGAAAAGGAAAUUUAGAGAAAGGGCGGGCCUACAGAGCCAGGGUAGCUGCAGCCAUCCUCUCCUCCAGACGGGGUGAUUGUUCGAGUCAGUACCAUGAGCCAUAAUACCCAAGCCUUCAUGAGCACCAAUGCCGGACUUCCCCCAAGCUAUGAGACAAUCAAAGAGGAGUAUGGGGUGACUGAGCUGGGGGAACCUCACAACUCAGCUGUGGUGAGAACCACCGUGAUCAACAUGCCCAGAGAGGUCUCUGUGCCUGACCAUGUGGUCUGGUCCCUGUUCAAUGCACUCUUCUUGAACGUCUGUUGCCUGGGUUUCAUUGCCUAUGCCUACUCUGUGAAGUCCAGGGACAGGAAGAUGGUGGGUGAUAUGAUUGGAGCUCAGGCCUACGCCUCCACUGCCAAGUGCCUGAAUAUCAGCUCCCUGAUCUUCAGCAUCCUAAUGGUUAUAAUCUGCAUCAUUAUUGUCUCCACCACCUCUGUGGCUGUCUUUCAAGCCUUUUCACAGAGAAUGCCGCAUUCUGGAUUCUAGUCCUGCCCCACGCGCCACAGUCCACAGCUGCCCAUCCAGUGACCCUUCCUUUACCCUACGCGUACGCAAAUGUUACCUUCCUGCAUCUGUCCACAAUGGAUUCAAUAAAAUGCACAUGACGACAA